CUUGUUUCCCAGGUGAAGGGUAGACAUCUCCGUGUUUAUCUACAGAUGUAUCCCGUGGGCUGACUAAGGAACAACUGCAUGCGUCUUUCUAUAUUAGUGCCGGGUUUCUGCUAUUGCUAUCAUUUCGACGUCUGUUAUCUGCUGUAAUCCGAUGUGUAGUGCGAAAAGUAUACAACCAAAUUUUAAUAAGAAAACCCAUCGUUGCAAGAUUACUGUCAAGAUCAUGACUUGAGCAAUCUUAUGCACAAUAUUCAGAGAGAGUUUUAUUAUUAGUUCUGCACAUCCAUUGCCCAGAAGCGUUUGGAAAUGCGUGUGAUGCGAAGAAAAUGCAAAACACACUUGUUCCAGGUGUUUUUCAUGUUCUUAUUCCUACAUUUCCUUCGUAGUAGGAUGGAAUUGAGAGAAACAUUCGGUGCCAACAAUAUUGGUGAGGAGGGUGGCGAGAGUGGUCAAGACAGAGAGGAGGAAGAACAAUUACAAGUCCCUGAAGAAGCCCAAGGCAUCAAUGGGCCAGUUGCGGACGAAGAAAGGAGAGAUCCAUCAUGUCGCAGACUGAGACUUACUCGUAGAAUUGAUCCAAUCACAAUUGUAGUUCCAUUCUGUGAUGAACCUCUUGAAGUCCUGCUCGACGUCCUUCGAUCCAUUAUGGACAACACCUGGAAGAAAAUGAUCUAUGAAAUUAUCUUCAUGAAGGGCAACUGCAAAGGGUCAUUGCCCAUGUUGGACAUAGAGGCCGCCCUUGAGAAGGAAUACGACGAGGUAGUCCUGGUGCGGGCGGGACCCGAGAGAGGCAUCAUGGAGGGGCGUCGCAAGGCACCGAUCUACACGGCAGCUGAUCAGCUGGUCUUCGUAGACGUCCACAGCAGAUUCACUCCCGACUGGCUGCGACCCCUCCUGGAAUUGCUGGCACUCAGCGACACAACCAUAGUUGCGCCGAUGGUAGAAACUUUUGACCCAAGGACGGGAAGGUACCAGGUCCCCCACAACGGGUCAGUUACAGGGUUCGAUUGGUAUCUUCGACCCAGGACGAUGCCCCUGCCAGAGGUCUACAGGAGCAAGCUCCCUACUCCAUUUCCAAGCCCUGUGAUACCAAGCCCCGUGUUCGCAGUCAAGAAAGACUUCUACAUUUCACUGGGCACUCACGACUCGGCCAUCAGCACCUGGCUUCCCGCCCAAUUGGAACUCUCUCUUAAAACGUGGCUUUGUAAUGGGCAUGUUUUAGUGGUGCCAUGUUCCAGAGUCCUCAUGCCUCACUCUUCCUUGGACUUCGGCUCUGAUUACAAGGACCUUCUGGGCUACAAGAGAAUCGUGCAGGUCUGGAUGUCAGUGUCACAGAGACAGUACGUGUUUCGAAGAAGGCAGGAUCUCUUAUCCAUAGACGCGGGAAAUUUGCAGGGGUUGAUGACGCUAAAAGAGAACUUGGAAUGCAAGCCUUGGGAAUACUACCUGAAUGACGUAGCCGCGGACUUAACGAAGAUCUUCCCCUUGGAGGAGCCGCGUCCAUUGGCCAGAGGAAACGUUAGGAGUUUGGUUCGAACUGACGCUUGUGUUACCUCCAGGGGACAGGAAGGCGACCACAUACUACUGGCAACUUGCAGCGAGAAAAGGAACCAGUUGCAGUUGUGGUCUCUGGAUUGGAGGAACCUUCUGAAAAGCAGCGACGAGCUUCUUUGUUUAACGGCAAACGAAGAUUCGAAGGAAGUCCCCGUUUUGGAAGAAUGUUCCACCACCGAGGCAGUUCCCCAAAACCAAAUAUGGAUAUAUGACCCUGAUUCAGGCCAGAUACAGAACGGACGGUCGAAGAAAUGCUUAGCAAUGAAAGAGAAUUCAGAUUUCCUCGGACAAGAAGAGUGUGAUGACGGGAGUGAAAAACAGAAGUGGAUGUUUGAUUUUGUGAACGUCAACCACACCUCCAAAGGGUUGUGAAACUCAUCGCCUCCAGCGCCGUGUGACGCCAAUGGACUGAAAUUUCUCGAAAAAUAAAUAAACGUUGAUACAUUUCUGUAGAACAAAGUGUAAAAAGUUAUUUGUUCUCCAUAAAACUUAGGGAUUCUACACUCAUUUCCCUCCUUUGCUAUAUCUUCCAAAAACCUCCACUCCCAAGAGAAUAAUAAGGACAUGUCCAAAUCAUCUCAGUUUCCCCUUUACCAUUAUCUCAUCUGCCGUUAUUUCUCACUCUACUUUGCCAUCUGGCUCUCAGCAGUCUUCUCGAAGCUUUAUUCUAAAAUUAACAAAAUAUUUUAGCAUUAGUUUCACUGCCAUACCAUAUCUGAUGUCGAGAUAGUACUAGACUAGUACAGAAACUCACAGUAAUGUAUAAUCUUGGUUUUUCAGUCUAUUUUGAUUUCUAAAUCUUGCCAAUUUUUGACCUGGCAUUUUAGUCAUUCAACAAAAUCCAACUCGAAAGACCUGGGGAGGGUUGGAUUGAUCGAGUGAAAGAGGUAUUAGAAAGGAAGAGCCUUAAUAUCCAGUAGGCACGAAAGUGCAUUCAAGGUAGGAGUCAAUGGCACUGUGGCACAGUCAUUGUAGGGGAGUUGGACAUGCUGUUGAUGAGACUUCUGUAAAGAUAUAUAAUGUGGCUAACAUUGUGGAAUUUUACUGGGCAGGGGUUCAUCCACCAUUCAGCACUUAAAUUAUGUCAGGAGUUACGGCGCAAUUUUGGAAAUAUGUAGAUAUCCUAAAGCUAUUGGCCAUAAUCCCUUAGGAGGUCGUUUCCAGAGGCUGAUGAAUUGCGGGAUGUAAGUAUUACCUGUAAGUCCCUCUCCACACUGGAUGAGAAAACUAUCGAGUUUCGUGCUACAAUCAUCAAUUCUGAGAAAAUUAUAAUACAACAAUUAAAACUUCAUUUAAAUGUGAAUCUAUGAUAUUUUGAAAAUAAAUCUUAUAUGGGAUGAAAUUUAAAGACGUAAAGUUUUAUCUGCCAAAAGACUUUUUCUUUUAUCUUCAAUAUUUCUGGAGAUAUUAGCAUUUGAAUAGCGUUAGGGCCGGAACGCCAAAAAUGAUCCCUCUUCCAGUAAUGACUUCGCUUCGCUCGUAAUAACUUUUUUGCCACUUUUAACUAUCCAUAGCUGUUUAUUGCAUGUCUCAAGACGAUAAAACGUGUUUUUUUUUAUGAUUAUGUUGUGCUUCAUCAAACUGCUAAUGUAAAAAUUCUUUACGAAGAUCUUGUCUGCAGUCAUGCAAAUCAUUAUGAUACAAAAUGUGACCACGUUAAGAUGUCGUCAUUCAGACGUCAAAGUUGCUUUACAGGAAUUCAUAUUCUUUUUCCUCCUCUAUGUGAAAGGAAGGGUUUCUUGCUCAUAUGUCAAUCCUCUUAGAAGGUACUUAUAAUAUGAAAGCUUACAUAAAUCUGCUUUAAUUUAUUAACAGAGAGAUUCCUUUAGGUAUCUGUAUUAUAAUAAGCGCGAUCUGUAUGCAUAUACACAUGUAGUCUUCAUGUAAUAAACUCCACUUUUAGA